CAAACAUCAGCUAUGCUGGACCCGUCCUCCAGCGAAGACACUGGCGGGGAAUCCGACCCGGAAGUUCCCCGGGAGCCGGCUAGGAAAGCCGCUGACUCUUCCGCGGCCAAGCGGGGCGCGGAGAGCCAGCAGAGACAGCCCGCCUCGGCUGGAGCCUCCUCCGGGGAAAGUGCUCACCGAGUCCGCGAGGAGGAGAAGCUCGAGCGGGAGAGAAUACAAAAAGAGGAAGAGGAACAUAAAGUCAAAUUGCAGAUUUACGUCUUCGUCCUCCGUUGCAUCGCCUACCCGUUCAACGCCAAGCAGCCCACCGACAUGGCUCGGCGGCAGCAGAAGGUGAACAAGCAGCAGCUUCAGGCGGUGAAGGAACGUUUCCUGGCCUUCCUCAACGGAGAAACUCAGAUUGUAGCCGAUGAAGCCUUCUGCAACGCCGUGAGGAGCUACUACGAGGGCUUCCUGAAGAGCGAGCGCGUCUCCAAGAUGGUCCAGGGCGGCGGCUGCUCCGCCGGCGACUUCCGCGAGGUCUUCAAGAAGAACAUCGAGCGCCGCGUCCGCAGCCUGCCGGAGAUCGACGGGCUGAGCAAGGAGACGGUGCUGACCGCCUGGAUCGCCAAGUACGACGCCAUCUACCGCGGCGACGAGGACAUGAGGCGCCAGCCCCAGCGGGCCCACCUGGGGGCCGUGUCGGAGCUCAUCCUCAGCAAGGAGCAGCUCUACGAGAUGUUCCAGCAGAUCCUCGGCGUCCGCAAGUUUGAGCACCAGCUGCUCUACAACGCCUGCCAGCUGGACAACGUGGACGAGCAGGCGGCUCAGAUCCGCAGGGAGCUGGAUGGGCGGCUGCAGCUGGUAGAGAGGAUGGCCAGGGAGAGGAGACACCCCAAGUUUGUGUCCGCCGACAUGGACGUCCUCUACUUGGAGGAACUGCGAUCCUCCAUCAACCUGCUGAUGGCCAACCUGGAGAGCCUUCCCGUGUCCAAAGGAGGACCAGACUUCAAGCAGAAGCUCAAACGCUCCUCCAUGAACAACUCCUUCUUGGACCUGGGGGACGAUGCCGACGUGCUGUCCAAGUCGGACGUUCUGCUAUCCUUCAAUGUGGAGCUCGUGAUCGUGGAGGUCCAGGGUCUGAAGUCGGUGGCUCCAAACAGGAUCGUUUACUGCACCAUGGAGGUGGAAGGAGGAGAGAAACUACAGACGGACCAGGCUGAGGCCUCCAGACCACAGUGGACCACCCAGGGGGACUUCUCCACGUCUCAUCCUCUGCCCUCCGUCAAGGUCAAGCUCUUCAUGGAGAGCACAGGUGUCCUGGCCCUGGAGGACAAGGAACUGGGUCGAGUGGUCCUGACCCCCACCAGCAACGGGCCCAAGCAGGCGGAGUUCCACCGCAUGGUCGUCCCCAAGAGCAGCCAGGACACGGAGCUGAAGAUCAAACUGGCGGUCCGCAUGGACAAGCCCCCCAACUUGAAGCACAGCGGGUAUUUGUACGCACUGGGACAUCGAGUCUGGAAGCGCUGGAAAAGGAGAUACUUUGUUCUGGUUCAGGUGAGCCAGUACACGUUCGCUAUGUGCAGCUACAGAGAGAAGAAGGCGGAGCCUCAGGAGCUGAUGCAGCUGGAGGGUUACACGGUGGACUACUGCGACCCCCAGCCGGGCCUCCAUGGGGGCCACGUCUUCUUCAACGCCGUCAAGGAGGGCGACCUGGUGGUGUUCGCCUGCCAGGAUGAGCAGGACCGGGUCCUGUGGGUCCAGGCCAUGUACCGUGCCACCGGACAGUCCUACAAGCCCACGCCCCCUCCCCUGAGCAAGACCACCAACUGCAGACCGGGAGGCAAGAAGCCAGCCUCCCCCAUAAGUCUGGAUCCGUCUCAACGUCAGGGCGUGGAGGAGCUCGUCGCCGCCGCGGCGCCGUGUCGCUUCGACCACGCUCGCCUCUUCGCACUCCUGCAGAAGCAGACGCUGCAGCACCGCAUGAGUGAUUCCUUCUCCUGUCUGGGUUGGUUCAGUCCGGGUCAGGUGUUCGUGCUGGACGAGUACUGCGCUCGCUACGGCGUCCGAGGCUGCCACCGCCACCUGAGCUACCUGAAGGACCUGAUGGAGUUCUCGGAGAACCACACCCUGGUGGACCCCACGCUGCUGCACUACAGCUACGCCUUCUGUGCCUCCCACGUCCACGGGAACAGGCCUGACGGCAUGGGAACAGUGACGGUGCACGAGAAGGAAACCUUUGAAGCCAUCCGGAAUCGACUCUUGGUUCUUCUGGAGAACCAGAUCACACACUUCAGGUACUGCUUCCCUUUCGGAAGGCCAGAUGGCGCCCUGAAGGCCACGCUGUCCCUGCAGGAGCGGGUUCUCAUGAAGGACAUCACCACACCGGUUCCUCCAGAGGACAUGAAGAAGCUGGUGCACAAGUGUUUGGAAAAAGCCGCCGGAAUCAACUACAGUCAGCUGAUUGAAUACGCCCACUUGAAGGCGGACCUUGAAGUGGACCCUGAGAAGCGACUGGAGGACAUGAUGAGACUGGGGGAGCUGGUCAUCGAAGUCCUGCAACAGAACGACGAGCAUCACUCCGAGGCGUUCUCGUGGUGGCCCGAGCUGAUGUCCGAGCACGCCGAGAGCUUCCUGUCUCUCUACCGUGUGGACAUGGACUCGGCCCUGCAGGUCCAGCCUCUGGACUCGUGGGACAGCUUCCCGCUCUUCCAGCUCCUCAACGGCUUCCUCAGGACCGACCCCCACCUGUGCAACGGAACCUUCCACAAACACCUGCAGGACCUCUUUGUCCCCUUGGUGGUGCGCUACAUUGACCUGAUGGAGUCGUCCAUCGCGCAGUCCGUCCAUCGCGGCUUCGAGCAGGAGACCUGGCAGUCGGUCAGGUCUCUAACUAACAAUCUAGCCGGGGUCCCUCUUCCCAAAGUCCCCGGCCUCCCUUUGUCGCUGCCGUCCAUGCCCAGCUUCGUGGCGCCGGCCUGGAUGGGACAGGACAACACCAACGGCUCGGCCACAUCGGAGGAUUUGUUCUGGAAGCUGAACGCUCUGCAGAUGUUCGUGUUGGACCUCCACUGGCCCGAGGCGGAGUUCGCUAAGCACCUGGAGCAGCGGCUCAAACUGAUGGCCAGCGACAUGAUGGAGGCCUGCGUCAGGCGAACAAAAUCCGCUUUUGAUGGCAAAUUGCAGAAAGCCAACAAGUCGACGGACUUCCGUGUGCCGUUGUGUGUGUGCACCAUGUUGAACAUCCUGAUGGACGCCAAGAGACAAUGCUCCAAACUCUGUGUGCUGGACACCGGACAGGAGACCGACAAGCAAUGGCAGCAGUACCACUCCAAAAUCGAUGUCCUCAUCGACGAGGCGUUCAAAGACAUGGUUUCUUCUCUGGUUUCGAAGUUGUCGGCGGUCCUCGAUGGCGUUCUGUCCAAACUGUCGCGUUACGAUGAGGGCACCUUCCUGUCCUCCAUCCUCUCCUUCACGGUGAAGGCAGCCGCCAAAUACGUGGAAGUACCGAAACCAGGAAUGGACCUGGCUGACACCUACAUCACCUUCGUGCGUCAGAACCAGGACAUCCUGCGGGAGCGAAUCAACGACGAGCUCUACAUCGAGAAAGUGUUCGACCAAUGGUACGGCAGCAGCAUGAAGGUGGUGUGCGUGUGGUUGGCCGACAGACUGGACCUGCAGCUCCACCUCUACCAGCUGAAGACCCUCAUCAAGAUCGUCAAGAAGACCUACAGAGACUUCCGUCUUCAAGGCGUCCUGGACGGGACCCUCAACAACAACAGUUACGAAACCGUCUUCAACCGCCUGUCGGUGGAGGAAGCCACCGUCGCCGUCAAGGCGGGCGGCGGCCUGCAGGGCGUCACCAUGAGGGACAGCGACGAGGACGACGACUGAGCACGCCACCCGUCUGCCCCGCCCCCCGUCAUCAUCAUCAUUGUUGUUGUCAUCGCGUCCUUAACAAGACCCUCUCACUCAAGUGGACAAGCUAGCACGAGCUGAGCUAACGCAGCCAUGUUAGCUUAUGCUAAUGCUAGCAAGCUUGUUGGGAAGUUGGGGAAAAAAAUUAUAUUACGAUGAAAAAGUCCAAAUAUUAUUAUUAUUAUUAUUAUUGUUAUUGUUAUUGUUAUUGUUAUUGUUAUUGUUAUUGUUAUGAAAAAAUCACAAAUUAAAUAUUUGUCAAACUGGGAAAAAAAAUAAAAAAUUUGAAUAACAUCAAAAUAUUGUCAUGAAAUAAAUCAAAUUUUGACAAUUUCACAAAUAUGGUGAACAUAUAAAUUAUUUACAAAAUUGUGGGAAAUAAUUUUGGGCAAAGUAAAAGAAAAGAAAAACUGAACAUCCGGCAGCAACUCGACAUUUUACUAUUUAACAUUUACUAUUGGACCGAACCAAUAAUAAUUAAUAAUACAAACAACAAUAAUUACAAACAAUAUAUAACGACUCCAAAUUGUCCAUAGGUAUGAAUGUGAAUGUGAAUGGUUUGAAUGAAUUAUUGUUAUAAAAAAAUGACUGGGAAAAAUUACAAAAAAUUUGAAUAACAUCAAUAUACUGUCAUGAAAUAAAUCAAAUUUUGACCAUUUUAAAUUUUCACAAUAGAAAUUAAGUAGUAAAAAAAUAAUUGUGGGAAUGAUUUGGGGGAAAGUUAUGCUUGGAAAAGAAAACUUGAUGACUGGAAUACUGUGAACAUCCGGCAGCAACGCAACAUUUUGGCAUAACUAUAAAAAGUUAUAUUACGAUGGCAAAGUCCAAAUAUUAUGGGAAUUAUUAUGGUUUUGAAAAAAAUACAAUUUAAAUAUUUGUCAAACUGGGAAAAAAAGUUGAAUAACAUCAAUAUACUGUCAUGAAAUAAAUCAAAUUUUGACAAUUUUACAAUAGAAAAUAAAUUGUAAAAAAAAUUGUGGGAAACAAUUUUGGAGAAAGUUGUGCUUGGAAAAGAAAAACUGAACAUCCGGCAGCAACGCGACAUUUUGGCAUAACUAUAAAAAGGAAUGAUAUUACGACGACAAAGUCCAAAUAUUAUGGGAAUUAUUAUUGUUAUGAAAAAAAUACAAUUAAAAUAUUUGUCAAACUGGGGAAAAUGACAAAAAAAUUUGAAUAACUUCAAUAUAUUGUUAUGCAAUAAAUCAAAUUUUGACAAUUUCACGAUAGAAAAUAAAUAGUAAAAAAAUUGUGGGAAAUAAUUUUGGGGAAAGUUGUGCUUGGGAAAGAAAAACUGUGAACAUCCGGCAGCAACACGACAUUUUGGCAUGACUACUAUUGGACCAAACCAAUAAUAAAUAAUAAUAAAUAAUACAAACAAUAAUCAUUACAAACAAUUCCCCAAAAAAACAUGCUAGGUUAAUUAGCGACUCCAAAUUGUCCAUAGGUAUGAAUGUGAGUGUGAAUGGUUGUUUGUCUAUAUGUGCCCUGUGAUUGGCUGGCUACCAGUCCAGGGUGUACCCCACCUCUCGUCCCAAGACAGCUGGGAUAGGCUCCAGCACUCGUGGUCUUCUACAGGGGUGGCCCCAUGGAGACCAGACCCGUGUGGUCUCGAACCACCAUGAUGACUCCUUUGGACCCCCUGCUGACUGUGUUGACAUCACAAAAAGACUUUUUGGACAUUUUGGGCGGAUUCCACCCGGACUCCAUCUGCCAGUACGGACUUCAUUACUGGUGACGCCCCCUUGUGGACUUGAUUGACAAUGUCUGUGUUUUACUUUUGUUUUGUUUUAUUGUUGUUGCCUAUGAAAGUUUCUAGUGACCCAGUUUGGCCCCACCCACUGACCGGUACCAGGCGGAGCCACACAAUGGAGGAUGUUUACCUGGUGUUGUGGGUGGGUCAAUAAUUUCAUGCAAUUUUUUUCAUCCAAUUAUCAUUGAAUCCAUAAAGUUCAAUUCCUCUUCUUGAUAUUGUGAUGUGAAAUACAUUUUAAAUGUGUCAUUUUGUGCAUAAA